CACCAAAACAUAAGACAAUCAUUCGUCAACAAACGUUGAGGUGAACACCAGGAAGGCCAGCACGGGGAGCUGUUUAUCUCCUAACAAAAAAUGGAAAUAUUGAAGUGGAGAGCGUAACUUGCGAAGAGGGAAGAGUGUUAGGGAUUAGGUGCUACUCUGGGGGUCAUACAAUAUAUACACACCAUCUCAAGAAGGCCAACAGGUGGGAAACACUGGUGCUUCAUGUGACAUUCGGCUGCGACUUUUCAAGUUUACUUGAACUUCGAUUAAUACAACAUGGAUGAGGAUACAGGAUUAAGGUCGCACCGGCGAGAACGGAAAGAAAGAAAAGAAAAGGAAAGAAGGGAGAGGGAGAGGGAACGUGAUAGGGGAGAAAGAGAAAGGGGAGAAAGAGAGAGGGGAGAAAAGGAGCGUGAUCACUACAGAGAGCGGGAAAAGGAGAGAAACAAUGAAAGAAAUGAUAGAAUCAAUGAGAGAAACAAUGAGAGAAACAAUGAGAGAAACAGUGAGAGGAACAAUGAGAGAGAGAGAGACUAUGACAGGGAACGCAUCAGAGAGAGGGAGAAGGGUCGUGACAGAGAGCGCGAUCGGGAGAGGGAACGGUUAGACAAAAGAAAGCGAUCGCCUGAGGCAAAGUCCAAGGAGGAACUAAAGGCAGAGGAGAUUGAAGAGGCGGAAAAAAGAGAGGCGGAAAAGAAAUUAAAGAAAGAGCCUUUGUCUUUGGAAGAAAUGGUAGCAAGAAAGAGGGCAGAAGAGGAAGCUCUCAGCCGUCCCAAAUUCUUGACCAAGGCAGAGAGGCAAGCGGAGGCACUCAGACGCCGACAAGAGGAGAUUGAUGAGAUGCGCAAGAGGCAAGAUGAGGAGAGGAAGGCGCGAGAAGUCAUGUACCAGGAUGGUCGGCGGGAACUGGAGCAGGCCUUAAGGCAGGAAGAUCCUCGGGAGCGCGACCGACACCGUCGAGACCGAGAGCCAAGAGAGAAUAAGGAGGAUGUUGAGUUGGAAAGAAAAAAGCAGCUUGAGCGAGAUGCUGUUAAUGAAAGGUACCUUGGUAUUGUGAAAAAGAAGAAAAAGAUUCGGAGGUUGAAUGACCGUAAGUUUGUGUUUGACUGGGAUGCUGGUGAGGACACGUCAGUAGACUACAAUGAGCUAUACAUCAAUAAGCAUCUUGUUCAUUUCUUUGGUCGUGGACAUUUUGGUGGACUAGACUUAAAAGAACAAAAGAAAGUUCAAUCAAAGUUUUAUGGAAACUAUAUAGAACAUCGUCGUACUCAGGCCGACAAAGACCAAGAGCUGAUCCGCAUAAAGAAAGAACAGAAGAAGGAGGAUAAGAAAAAGUGGGAUGAUCGGCACUGGAGUGAAAAGAAUGUAGAGCAGAUGACAGAACGUGAUUGGAGAAUUUUCAGGGAAGAUUACAAUAUUGCAAUCAAGGGAGGUCGCAUCCCCAAUCCAAUUCGUACAUGGGCAGAAUCUAAUAUAAAGAAAGAUAUUUUGGACAUUAUUGCCAGUGUUGGAUACCAGGACCCGACACCAAUUCAGAGACAGGCUAUCCCCAUUGGUUUACAAAAUCGAGAUAUUAUUGGUGUUGCAGAGACUGGUUCUGGUAAGACUUUAGCAUUUCUCAUUCCUCUUUUGGAAUGGAUUCAGUCUCUUCCAAAAAUUGCUCGGUUAGAGGAUGCAGACCAGGGGCCAUAUGCAUUAGUCAUGGCUCCAACGCGAGAGCUGGCACAACAGAUCGAGGAAGAAACAACAAAGUUCGGAGGUCCUCUUGGCAUCCGAACAGUGGCAGUUAUUGGUGGCUUGUCACGUGAAGAACAAGGUAUGAAGUUACGAAUGGGCUGUGAAAUUGUUAUUGCCACUCCUGGCCGUCUCGUAGAUGUGCUUGAAAACCGAUACCUUGUAUUGAAUCAGUGCACCUAUGUUGUCUUUGAUGAGGCCGAUAAAAUGAUUGAUAUGGGUUUUGAGCCAGAUGUUCAAAAAAUUCUUAAGUUUAUGCCAGUGACAAAUGAAAAGCCAGAUAAUGAAGAUGCUGAAGAUGAGGACAAGUUGCUGCAAAACUUCCUCUCUAAACAUAAGUAUAGGCAAACUGUCAUGUUUACAGCUACUAUGCCACCUGCUGUAGAAAGAAUGGCAAGACAGUAUCUUCGACGACCUGCCUAUGUGUACAUUGGCUCUAUAGGCAAACCUGUGGAACGUGUUGAACAGGCCGUGUUCAUGGUUAGUGAACAAGAAAAGCGUAAGAAGUUACUCGAUAUUUUGAAGAGAGGCAUUACACCUCCAGUACUCAUUUUUGUCAAUCAAAAGAAGGGUGCAGAUGUGUUAGCCCGUGGUCUGGAGAAACUGGGCCACAAUGCCACAACUCUCCACGGUGGCAAAGGUCAAGAACAGCGUGAACAUGCUCUCGCUAAUCUCAAGUCUGGAGCAAAGGAUAUCCUCGUGGCUACCGAUGUUGCUGGUCGUGGUAUUGAUAUUAAGGAUGUUUCUCUUGUCAUCAAUUAUGAUAUGGCAAAGAACAUUGAGGACUAUACCCACAGAAUUGGUCGUACUGGUCGUGCCGGAAAGCAUGGAAAGGCCAUCUCUUUCUUAACCAAAGAUGACUCGCACUUGUUCUAUGAGUUGAAGCAGCUAAUUCUGUCAUCACCAGUGUCAUCAUGUCCACCAGAGCUGGCUAACCACCAUGAAGCCCAACACAAACCUGGCACAGUUAUGACAAAGAAACGAAGGGAAGAGAAAAUAUUUGCAUAAUCAGAGGUGCAAAUGUGAUUCUUUUUCACAACUUAGUCUGUUAUGCUCUGUGUGUAUUGGGACUGUUGGUGCCAUCAGUGUUAGUUGAGUGUGACAUUAGGUAAUAUAUCUAGUGUGAUAAUACAAUUAAGUUUCACAACACCGAAAUGAAUUGAUAGCAUAACAGUUGAUAUAUACUUUAUGCACAGAAUAUAGAUACUGUUGUUGGCCCUAGAUCUACUUGUGGAAUGUACUGUAUUCUUGAAAACCUUGUGCAAAGCCAAGUAAACUGUACGAGAGAAAAUUGAAUUACUUUCUAGAAAUGUCCAAAUAUCGACCCUUUUUUUUUCCAAGUUCUCUGUAAAAGACCUACUUGAACAAUAUUACUAAAUAUUCCUGCUUCUUUCCAGAAACAAAUACUGUGUAUGAUGAAGCAUGGAAUAAAAAGGUUAAAAAAAGUCAUCUAAAAAGUGCAUUAAGAGAGAUGAUAAUGAGGAGUUGUAUGGUUAGGUACAGUAUUAUAUUGAAACAUUGCACACCAAAAUAGCAUUUUGGUUGUGCAAAUUUCUUGCAUCAGCUUGAAUACAGGCAGACCCUACCCUUGGGCAGUUUGAAUUUUGAGUGUUAAAAUCACGGGCUCGGAUUCACAUUAUCUAAACUCGUGCAGAAUUGAGACCAGCUGUGUUUUUCAUCACGUGGGAUUCAUAAGUAUCUCUUUUAAUUUUUGGUAAUAAUUUUCAACUCAUUUUUCCUUGUAUGGGCAGAUAAACAUAUAGGAAAGUACCUGACAUAAUACUGUAAAGUUUUUAUAAAAGCACGUAACCAUUAUUUUAGUUUUCCUUUCCAAAAACAAAACUGCCUUCCACAUUUGUGCUGAAAAACAUUUCGGUUACACUCGGGCAAUUAAGAAAAGUUUGUAUUCUGUCUUUACUAAGACAGUAAUGUUAAUUCAUUUUGUUGAUGGACAGGCAGCCAGUGUGUUUUCAUUCACAUUAGGCUUUUAUUGACGUCCUCUCCCAAGGUCAAAUUACUGACCCCGCCUAGAAUGCAACCCCACAACAAGCUGACUAGCUCCUGAGUACCUACUUACUGCCAGGUGAACAGGGGGGUAUUCAACCAUGGCAGUAAGAUAUGAAAUGCAGCCAAUCAUUUCUGUCCUGCCCAGGGUAUACAUAUGUAAUCAUAUAUUUUUACUAUCUGGUAACAAAUCUAUGUAAGUUGGAGUUAUUAAAUAUAAGUUAAG